AUGAAUUCAACUAAGAAGCAACUGGCAGAAAUGUUGGUAGAGCUACAGUCCAGAAGCAACGCCAAAAUUAUCCUAGAAUCAGUUUCAUUCGGGAUUAUUUCCUCAUUAAUGUUAGUUGGGAAUUUUAUAACUCUCCUGGUUAUGUUACUAAACAGUCAAAGAAAAACAAUUUCUAAUUUGUUAGUCGCAUCACUCGCUGUUACCGACUUAUGUUUGGGAGUUUUCGUGUCAGCUCCGUUAGGACCUGCUGUCCUGGUGACCUCUAAGUGGCCUUUUAAUGAAUCGACCUGCCAAUUUCAGGGUUACUCUGCUAUUAUGUUGACUGCUGCAUCGAUACAUACAUUGGUCUUAAUGGCGGUAAACAGGUAUUUUAGACUUGUUAGACCAUUAAAGUACCGCCGCUACUUCACUCAAAGAAAAACCCAGUUCAUUAUUGUUAUAUCGUGGCUUUCUUCAAUGUGUGCUCCAUUGCCAUAUUUCUUAAAUGGGUACAAAAUGGUUUUUCAUCCAUCCAAGUUCUUCUGCUGUUUUAUAAUUGACAGUGGUGCAUUCGCCGCCCUUUUGGUCGCAUUUUAUGUGGGGAUUCCAUGUUGCAUCAUUUUUUACUGUUACUUUAGAAUCUUCAAGACAAUUCGUACUCACAAUAACAACUUGUAUCACCCUGGUAAUGGAAUUAACACUGUAAACAUAAAAGAAAUUAAGGUGGCACGCACACUAUUUGUGAUAGUGGUGUUUUUUAGUCUUUGCUGGGCUCCAGUUUUGCUAAUUGACAUUGUAGACACUAUUCUUGGGAGAUGGACUUUCCCUCGCGAGGCGUACGUAGCAUACACGUUUUUGGCCAAUAUCAGCAGUGCAUUGAAUCCUUUUAUAUAUGGCGUGCUUAACAAGAAUUUUCGUAAGGAUUAUCUUAAAAUGGUAUGCUGCAGGUUAAGUCAUGUUCAAGCUACUGUACAACCAGUGGUGCUGGGAGGAAAUGCC